AUGGCAGCAACUGGAUUGGGACAGGUUAUAUCAUGGUACAUUUGUACCGUGGUUGCUUUUGUGUUUGUGGUGAUGAGGAUGGCUGUCAAGCUGAAGAACGUGUCAACGUUGUCGCUUGAUGAUGGCUUUUUGCUGCUUGCGACAGCGUGUUUGAUAGGGGAUCUCGCUAUUCAGCAGCAUAUGUGGAAUCUAGGAAUGGCCAACAUUGGAGGAGCAAGCCGCGAGGAGUUCAUCGGAAUCAUGCAGAUGAUUAUACCCGGAUCCAUCCUUUACGUUACAUCGCUGUGGUCUAUCAAGAUUGCUCUUGUUCUGUUCUACAAGAGGCUAGCCCUGAGGACAAAAUGGCAAAUGAUUUUCAACAUCAUGCUUGGCCUUUUGGUUGCCAAUUGGCUUGUCAUAUUUUUUGAUAUCAUUUUUCAAUGUUUUCCGGGCGAUAGACGAUGGUCGCAAGAUCCAACAGAACAAUGCUCUACGAAGGCAGCAGAUAUCAACUACUGGAUUACGAUCCUCACCAACAUAUUUUCUGAUGUGAUUAUCAUUAGUUUACCCAUCUCCAUGGUGCUUAAUUUGCAGAUGCCACUUAAGCAAAGGCUAGGAGUCGCAGCUAUGUUUGCUCUUGGAUUUUCUGUUGUGAUUGCAAGUUGCAUCCGAGCUUACUUUUCCAAACUUAACGAAACGAUGUUGACUUGCACUGUGUCAAUGAUCGAGACAGCAGUGGCAAUCAUCGCUACCUGCCUACCAGUUCUUCGCACUCUCAUUUUGGGUCAAAUAUCCCGCGUGGGAACUUCCUCUGCAGGCAGACAUUACGAACUAUCUUCUUCCCAUCACGCACGCGUUAUCGCACAGUCUCGUGCGAAAAACACUACAUAUUCUGUCGGAGCAACGACCAAAGCCAACGAGUCGGAAGAUGAGCUUGUCAAAGAAGAAGCAUCGAGAUCAAGCGAAUUCUCAUCGAUCGCUCAGGAUCCAAAAGGCAUUGAGGUCACGACGGAGUAUCGGGUUUUUGAGGAGCAUCGUCCGACGGGACAAUUGAAGUUAGAUGUAUAA